CCGCAUCCGCUUCGACUUGGUGCCGGCCCCUUGCCCUGCCCCUCAUGACUGCGGCGCCUCCGCUGCUCCAGCCUUCCCGGCCGUCUCUCGCCGCAGGAUGGAUGCGGACCGUGAGGCGCUAACCCCCGUGGCUCAGCUCCUCGAUCGCCCUCCGACGAGCCCGCCUCGUGAGCCGUAUCAGCCGCCGCAACUGGGCCCAGGGGCCCGCGUCUCCUUCGGGGCGGCUCGUCAGUGCUGAGUGAGGAGCCGGCCGUCCAGGUGGAUCCGAGCCCGCCGGCGGCGGGAGCCGUCGCAGCGGUACCCGCACACCGCCGGCGCUCCUCGGGCUCGGCCCCUCGCCUUCUCUUCCUUCACGAGUUCGAGCCCGCUCGCCUCGCUCCAGCGGACCGACCAUGUCUGGCGGUGCCUCAGAGAAGCAGAGCAGCACUCCGAGCUCCUUGUUCCUUUCGCCGCCGGCGCCUUCCCCCAAGAAUGGCUCCAGCUCCGAUUCCUCGGUGGGGGAGAAACUGGGCAGCGCGGGGCCCGACGCCGGAAUUGGCCGGACAGAGGAGUACCGGCGUCGCCGCCACACUAUGGACAAGGACAGCCGUGGCGCGGCCGCCACCACUACCACCACUGAGCACCGCUUCUUCCGCCGCAGCGUCAUCUGCGACUCCAACGCCACUGCGCUGGAACUGCCCGGCCUUCCCCUUUCUCUCCCCCAGCCCGCCGUCUCCACGGCGGCUCCGCAGAGCACCCCGCCGGAGCCCCACCGCGAGGAGACCUUGACCGCCACCGCCGCUGCCCAGGUAGCCCAGCUGCCUCCCGUCGCUGUCGCCCCCGGGGAGCCAGCCGGCGCGGGCGCUGUAGCCGCGACCGCCCCCAGCAGUACCGUCAGAGACCGCCAAGUUUCCCAGCCCAACCAUGUGGGGAGCAAAGAGGAGCCUCCGUCGGCCAGAAGUGGCAGCGGCGGCGGCGGCAGCGCCAAGGAACCACAGGAGGAACGGAGCCAGCAACAGGAUGACAUCGAAGAGCUGGAGACCAAGGCCGUGGGAAUGUCCAACGAUGGCCGCUUUCUCAAAUUCGACAUCGAGAUUGGCCGAGGCUCCUUUAAGACCGUCUACAAAGGUCUCGACACUGAAACUACUGUGGAGGUCGCCUGGUGUGAACUGCAGGAUCGAAAAUUAACAAAGUCUGAGAGGCAGAGAUUUAAAGAAGAGGCAGAAAUGUUAAAGGGCCUUCAGCAUCCCAAUAUUGUUCGAUUCUAUGAUUCCUGGGAGUCCACAGUAAAAGGGAAGAAGUGCAUUGUUUUGGUGACUGAACUAAUGACAUCUGGAACACUUAAAACGUAUCUGAAAAGGUUUAAGGUGAUGAAGAUCAAAGUUCUAAGAAGCUGGUGCCGUCAGAUCCUAAAAGGACUUCAGUUUCUUCAUACCCGAACUCCGCCUAUUAUUCACCGAGAUCUUAAGUGUGACAACAUCUUUAUCACUGGCCCUACAGGCUCAGUCAAGAUUGGAGACCUAGGUCUGGCAACUCUGAAGCGGGCUUCUUUUGCCAAGAGUGUGAUAGGUACCCCAGAGUUCAUGGCCCCUGAGAUGUAUGAGGAAAAAUAUGAUGAAUCUGUUGAUGUUUAUGCUUUUGGGAUGUGCAUGCUUGAGAUGGCCACAUCUGAAUACCCUUACUCAGAGUGCCAAAAUGCUGCGCAGAUCUACCGUCGAGUGACCAGUGGAGUGAAGCCUGCCAGUUUUGACAAAGUAGCAAUUCCUGAAGUGAAGGAAAUUAUUGAAGGAUGCAUAAGGCAAAACAAAGAUGAAAGAUAUUCUAUCAAAGACCUUUUGAACCAUGCCUUCUUCCAGGAGGAAACAGGGGUACGGGUAGAAUUAGCAGAAGAAGAUGAUGGAGAAAAGAUAGCCAUUAAAUUAUGGCUACGUAUUGAAGACAUUAAGAAACUAAAGGGAAAAUACAAAGACAAUGAAGCUAUUGAGUUUUCCUUUGACUUGGAAAGAGAUGUGCCAGAAGACGUUGCUCAAGAAAUGGUAGAGUCUGGGUAUGUCUGUGAAGGUGAUCACAAGACCAUGGCAAAAGCCAUCAAAGAUAGAGUAUCAUUAAUUAAGAGAAAACGAGAACAGCGGCAGUUGGUACGGGAGGAACAAGAAAAAAGAAAGCAGGAAGAGAUCAAUCAGAAACACCAGGUAGAACAACAAUCAAGUACUUCCCAGGCAGGAGUCAAACAGAUCCCAUCUGCUAGUACUGGCAUGCCUCCUGCUUCUACCACAUCAGCUUCAGUUUCUACACAAGUAGAACCUGAAGAACCUGAGGCAGAUCAACAUCAACAACUACAGUACCAACAAACUAGUAUAUCUGUGUUAUCUGACGGGACGGUUGACAGUGGUCAAGGAUCUUCUGUCUUCACAGAAUCUCGAGUGAGCAGCCAACAGACAGUUUCAUAUGGGUCCCAACAUGAACAGGCACAUUCUACUGGCACAAUCCCAGGGCAUACAGCUUCUGUUGUCCAAGCACAAUCUCAGCCUCAUGGGGUAUAUCCAUCCUCAAGUAUGCCUCGUCGUGGCCGUAGCAUGUCGGUUUGUGUUCCCCAUCUUUCUGCUGUUCCCUCUCUGUCCCGCAUCUCUCCCAGUGCUCCUUCCACCCCACCACCAGUGCUGUCUGCAUCUCUUUCUCCUUCCCUCCUUCGGAUUGCCCCUGAGGAAACUUUUGCCGAAAAGCUUUCUAAAGCAUUGGAGAGUGUCCUGCCUAUGCACUCUGCCUCUCAGCGCAAGCACCGACGCUCCAGCCUGCCUUCCCUCUUUGUCAGUACUCCUCAGUCCAUGGCGCAUCCGUGUGGGGGGACCCCAACAUACCCAGAAUCACAGAUAUUUUUCCCAACUAUUCAUGAACGUCCAGUUUCUUUUUCACCACCUCCCACCUGUCCACCGAAGGUGGCCAUUUCCCAGCGGCGUAAGAGCACCUCCUUCUUGGAAGCCCAAACUCGCCACUUCCAACCCCUGCUGAGGACUGUUGGCCAAAAUCUUCUUCCACCUGGUGGCAGCCCAACUAACUGGACACCAGAGGCCGUAGUUAUGUUGGGCACUACAGCCAGUAGAAUAACUGGAGAGCCAUGUGAGAUACAGGUCCAUCCUAUGUUUGAACCAACUCAAGUUCACGGUGACUAUAGACCUGGACUAGUACUUCCAGAAGAAGCUCACUAUUUUAUUCCUCAGGAACCAGUGUAUCUAGCUUACCAGGCCCAGGUGACAGAACAGUAUGAGGGUAUUCCAUACAACUCACCAGUACUGUCAAGUCCUAUGAAACAGAUACCUGAACAGAAGCCAGUACCAGGGGGCCCUACCUCAAGUUCUGUCUUUGAAUUUCCAUCUGGACAGGCUUUCCUGGUAGGACACCUUCAGAAUUUAAGAUUAGAUUCUGGAUUGAGUCCAGGAUCUCCCCUCUCUAGUAUUUCUGCACCUAUCAGUACAGAUGCUACACGUUUGAAAUUUCACCCUGUCUUUGUUCCUCAUUCUGCGCCCGCUGUGUUAACUCAUAACAAUGAGAGCAGAAGCAAUUGUGUAUUUGAGUUUCAUGUUCACACUCCAAGCUCCUCUUCGGGAGAAGGAGGAGGAGUCUUGCCUCAGCGUGUUUACCGAAAUCGACAGGUUGCAGUGGACUUGAAUCAGGAAGAACCACCUCCUCAAUCAGUUGGAUUACAUGGCCGCCUACAGCCUGUGACUGAAGAACAGCGUAAUUACCAUGCCCCAGAAUUGACCGUUUCUGUGGUAGAGCCUAUCGGACAGAACUGGCCAAUAGGAAGCCCAGAAUAUUCCAGUGAUUCCUCACAAAUUACUUCUUCAGACCCCAGUGAUUUUCAAUCACCUCCCCCUACAGGGGGAGCAGCUGCACCUUUUGGCUCUGACGUCUCAUUACCCUUUAUCCGUCUGCCUCAGACAGUGUUACAAGAAUCCCCACUUUUCUUCUGUUUCCCCCAAGGAACCACAUCUCAGCAGGUUUUAUCUGCCUCAUUUUCUUCAGGAGGAUCUGCACUCCAUCCACAGGCACAGGGGCAAAGCCAGGGUCAACCAUCCUCAAGUAGCCUAACAGGGGUUCCAUCUUCCCUGCCCAUACAACAUUCUCAGCAGCAGCAGGGAGUACAGCAGACUGCCCCUCCUCAACAGACAGUGCAGUAUUCACUUCCACAGACAUCAACCUCCAGUGAGGCCACUACUGCACAGCCAGUCAGUCAGUCUCAGACUCCACAGGUCUUGCCUCAAGUAUCAUCUGGAAAACAGCUUCCAGUUUCCCAGCCAGUACCAGCUAUCCAAGGCGAACCUCAGAUCCCAGUUGCGACACAACCCUCAGUUGUUCCAGUCCACUCUGGUGCUCAUUUCCUCCCUCUGGGACAGCCACUCUCUACUUCCUUACACCCCCAGUAUCCUGUCUCUCAAAUUCCCAUAUCAACUCCUCAUGUGUCUACGGCUCAGACAGGUUUCUCAUCCCUUUCCGUUACAAUGGCAGCUGGCGUUAAUCAGCCUCUGCUCACCUUGGCCUCAUCUGCUACGGCAGCUGCGAUCCCAGGGGGACCAACUGCGGUUCCUAGUCAGCUUCCAACCCUUCUGCAGCCUGUGACUCAGCUGCCAAGUCAGGUUCACCCACAGCUCCUGCAACCAGCAGUUCAGUCCAUGGGAAUACCAGCUAACCUUGGACAAGCUGCUGAGGUUCCACUUCCCUCUGGAGAUGUUCUAUACCAGGGCUUCCCACCUCGACUGCCACCACAAUACCCAGGAGAUUCAAAUAUUGCUCCCACUUCCAGCGUGGCUUCUAUUUGCAUCCCUUCUACAGUCCUAUCCCCUCCCAUGCCGACAGAAGCACUGGCUACACCGGGUUACUUUCCUACAGUGGUGCAGCCUUUUGUGGAAUCAAACCUUUUGGUUCCUGUGGGCAGUAUAGGAGGACAGGUUCAAGUGUCUCAGCCAGCAGUGAGUUUAGCACAACAAGCCCCCACUACAUCCUCCCAGCAAGCAGCUCUGGAGAGUACUCAGGGAGUCUCUCAAGUUGCUCCUCCAGAGCCACUUCCAGUGGCACAGGCACAACCUACCACUUUGGUCUCUUCUAUAGACAGUGCACAUUCAGAUGUUGCUUCAGGAAUGAGUGAUGGCAAUGAGAAUGUCCCAUCAUCCAGUGGAAGGCAUGAAGGGAGAACUACAAAACGGCAUUAUCGAAAAUCUGUAAGAAGUCGCUCUCGUCAUGAAAAGUCCUCACGUCCAAAAUUGAGAAUUUUGAAUGUUUCAAAUAAAGGGGACCGGGUAGUAGAAUGUCAGUUAGAGACUCAUAAUCGGAAAAUGGUUACAUUCAAAUUCGAUUUAGAUGGUGACAAUCCUGAGGAGAUAGCAACAAUUAUGGUGAACAAUGACUUUAUCUUAGCAAUAGAGAGAGAGUCCUUUGUGGAUCAAGUACGAGAAAUUAUUGAAAAAGCUGAUGAAAUGCUCAGCGAGGACGUCAGUGUGGAACCAGAGGGUGACCAGGGAUUGGAGAGUCUACAGGGAAAGGAUGACUAUGGCUUUGCAGGUUCUCAAAAAUUGGAAGGAGAAUUCAAACAACCAAUUCCUGCAUCUUCUAUGCCACAGCAAAUAGGCAUUCCUACCAGUUCUUUAACUCAAGUUGUUCAUUCUGCUGGAAGACGGUUUAUAGUGAGUCCUGUGCCAGAAAGCCGAUUACGAGAAUCAAAACUUUUCACUGGUGAAAUAUCAGAUACGGUUGCUGCCUCAACAUCCCAUGGCGCUGGAAUGAACUUGUCUCAUUCUGCUUCAUCCCUUAGCCUACAACAGGCGUUUUCUGAACUCAGACAUGCCCAAAUGACAGAAGGGCCCAAUACAGCACCUCCCAACUUCAGUCAUACAGGACCAACAUUUCCAGUAGUACCUCCUUCCAUGAGUAGCAUUGCUGCAGUCCCAACCACAGCAGCAGCCACACCUUCAAUAUCAGCCCCUGCAACUAGCAGCCCUCUUAAUGACAUGUCCACAUCAGUAAUUCAGUCUGAGAUUCCAGUGCCCACUGAAAAAGGGAUUGGUGGAGUUGCCACCUGCACAGGUGUGAUACCGUCAAGUGGUCUCCCUGUACCUCCUAUAUCUGAAUCACCAGUAUUUUCCACUGUGGUUUCAAGCGUUACAAUACCUACAGUUGUCUCAAUAUCAACAACAUCCCAGCCAGUUCAGGCUUCUACAUCUGGGAGUGUUGUUUCUAGCAUAGGCACUUUGCCAUCUAUACCAGUUUCAACGUUAGCCUCUGCUGCGGGCAGUGCUGCUGUCUCAGGUGCUAAGCCUCCACCUGUAGUAUCUCAACAAGCGACAGGCAGUACUUCUGGGGUAGCCACGUUAACAUCCAUUGCUGCCACCACUCCAUUCCCGAGCAUAGCUUCCCAGCUGCCUCUUCAGCUGAGCAGCAGCACCUCUGCUCCUACUCUAGCUGAAACAGUGGUGGUUAGUGCACACUCACUAGAUAAAACAUCUCAUAGCAGUACAACUGGAUUGGCUUUGUCCCUGUCUGCAUCAUCAUCUUCCUCCCCUGGAGCAGGAUUAUCUAGUUCUGUUUCUCAGCCUGGUGGGGUGCAUCCUUUGGUCACCCCAUCAGCUAUAGCUUCUACUCCUGUCCUUCCUCAAGCAGCAGGACCUACUUCUACACCUUUAUUACCCCAAGUACCUAGUAUCCCACCUUUGGUACAACCUGUUGCCAGUGUGCCUGCUGUGCAGCAGACACUAAUUCAUAGUCAGCCUCAACCAGCUUUACUUCCCAACCAGCCCCACACUCACUGUCCUGAAAUAGAUGCUGACUCACAGCCCAAGGCUCCUGGAAUUGAUGACAUAAAGACUCUAGAAGAAAAGCUGCGGUCUCUCUUUAGUGAACACAGCUCAUCUGGAGCCCAACAUGCAUCUGUCUCACUGGAGACAUCACUGGUAGUAGAGACCACUGUCGCACCAGGCAUCCCAACCACUGCUGUUGCACCAAGCAAGCUCAUGACUUCUACUACAAGUACAUGCUUACCACCAACAAGUUUGCCAUUAGGGACAACUGGUUUGUCAGUUAUACCAGUGGUCACACCAGGACAAGUUUCCACCCCAGUCAGCUAUGUGUCCGCCCCAGUCAGCACUACAUCAGGAGUGAAAGCUGGAACUGCUCCAUCAAAGCCACCUUUAACUAAAGCUCCAGUGCUGCCAGUGGGUACUGAACUUCCAGCUGGUACUCCACCCAGCGAGCAGCUGCCACCUUUUCCAGGACCUUCACUAACUCAGUCCCAGCAACCUCUGGAAGAUCUUGAUGCUCAAUUGAGAAGAACACUUAGUCCAGAGACUGUUGUGGGGACAUCUACAGUUGGGCCUGUGUCCAUGGUGGCUCCAGCCGCAGUUAGAGAAGCAGGAACACCGCCUCAGAAGGAUGUUUCUCAAAUCACAGAAGGUCCUGUCCUAGGAACUAGUUCAGGAACUGGUGUUUUUAAGAUGGGACGAUUCCAGGUUUCAGUUGCAAUGGAUGAUGUCCAAAAAGAGGGUAAAAAUAAGUCAGAAGAUGCAAAGUCUGUUCAUUUUGAGUCUAGCACUUCAGAGUCCUCAGUACUAUCAAGUAGUAGUCCAGAAAGUACCCUGGUGAAGACAGAGCCUAAUGGGAUCCGUAGCAUCUCAUCAGAUAUGCCAGAUAGUGCCCACAAAACUCCUGCCUUGGGAGCAAAGUCAGAAACUGGGCAGCCUACAAAGGUAGGACGCUUCCAGGUGACAACUACAACGGACAAAGUAGGUCGUUUCUCUGUAUCAAGAACUGAAGACAAGAUUGCUGAGGCAAAGAAAGAGGGACCAAUGGCAUCUCCUCCUUUUAUGGAUUUGGAACAAGCUGUUCUCCCCGCUGUGAUACCAAAGAAAGAAAAGCCUGAACUGUCAGAGCCUUCACAUCUGAAUGGGCCAUCUUCUGACCUGGAGGCCGCCUUCCUAAGCAGGGAUGUGGAUGAUGGUUCAGGUAGUCCACACUCCCCCCAUCAGCUGAGCUCAAAGAGCCUCCCUAUCCAGAAUCUAAGUCAGAGCCUUAGUAAUUCAUUCAACUCCUCUUACAUGAGUAGUGACAAUGAGUCAGAUAUUGAAGAUGAAGAUUUAAAAUUAGAGCUGCGAAGACUACGAGAAAAACAUCUUAAAGAGAUUCAAGACCUGCAGAGUCGCCAGAAGCAUGAAAUUGAAUCUUUAUAUACCAAACUGGGCAAGGUUCCCCCUGCUGUCAUUAUUCCCCCAGCUGCCCCUCUUGCAGGGAGAAGAAGGCGACCCACUAAAAGCAAAGGCAGCAAAUCUAGUCGCAGCAGUUCCUUGGGGAAUAAAAGCCCCCAGCUUUCAGGUAACCUGUCUGGUCAGAGUGCCACUUCAGUUUUGCACCCCCAGCAGACCCUCCACCCUCCUGGCAACAUCCCAGAGACUGGGCAGAAUCAGUUGUUACAGCCCCUUAAGCCAUCUCCCUCCAGUGACAACCUCUAUUCAGCCUUCACCAGUGAUGGUGCCAUUUCAGUACCAAGCCUUUCUGCUCCAGGUCAAGGCUGUGCGAAGUUUAACUGUGCAUCUGAGCAGGUGACAUUCAAACCUGGUGGCAGGAGGACCCGAUUUCUGAGUACGCCCUGCUUGGCUCUUUGGAAGAUGGUGAAAAAAGUCUGUCCUUGCAACCAGCUCUGUAUGUGCCCUCCAGCAGAGCCGAAAUCAGGGACCAGCAGCACAAAUACUGUCGGGGGAACAGUGAACAGCCAAGCCGCCCAAGCUCAGCCUCCUGCCAUGACGUCCAGCAGGAAGGGCACAUUCACAGAUGAUCUGCACAAGUUGGUAGACAAUUGGGCCCGAGAUGCCAUGAAUCUUUCAGGCAGGAGAGGAAGCAAAGGACACAUGAAUUAUGAGGGCCCUGGAAUGGCAAGGAAGUUCUCCGCACCUGGUCAGCUGUGCAUCUCCAUGACCUCAAACCUGGGUGGUUCUGCCCCCAUCUCUGCUGCAUCAGCUACCUCUCUAGGUCACUUCACCAAGUCCAUGUGCCCCCCACAGCAGUACGGUUUUCCAGCUCCCCCCUUUGGCACUCAGUGGAGUGGGACAGGUGGCCCAACACCACAGCCACUUGGCCAGUUCCAACCUGUGGGAACUGCCUCCUUACAGAAUUUCAACAUCAGCAAUUUGCAGAAAUCCAUCAGCAACCCCCCAGGUUCCAACUUGCGGACCACUUAGACCUAGAGACAUUAACCGAGUAGAUUUGGGGGCAGGAGAUGGAAUGCUGAGGGGUGGGCGGGAGGGGGGAAUGGGAAAGUAGCCUAUAUACUAACUACUAGUGCUGCAUUUAACUGGUUAUUUCUUGCCAGAAAGGAAUGUUUUUAAUACCGCUUAGAGCCCUCAGAAUUGAGAAUCUCCCUCCCCCUUCACCAUUUAUUGGAGUGGAACAAGAGGGAAAGAGCAGCUUUCUUGUGAUGGGGCGGUUUCAAACUAUGCUUUCCUGUUCUCUACACCCAAUAGCAAGGGCUAGGAAAGAGAAUCAUUUAUCAGAAAGCCACAAGAGAGCUCAGUCAGUGGAAAAACCAAACCCCAUCUGGAUUUUCAAAUGGGUGGAGCUCUUAAUGUUGGUACCCACCCCAAAUCCCUUAUUCCCUCAAGAAUCCAAACCACAACACAAAAAAACAAACAAAAAACCUAUUGGGCUCUCUCCUACCCUGUUCCCCCCUCCCUUUUUUUUUUCUUUCUUUGUUUCUUCUUUUGUUUGUUUCUUUCUUUUUGCUCUUUAGAACCCAGUGAAAAACACCAGGGGACUGAGGUUUCAACCCUUUCUUAUGAUAGGUCAUUAGUGCUUUUAAGCAAAUGAUAUUAGCAGCUUUGACUGCAGCAUUAGCAAUUAGGAAAAAAAAUUAAGUUCCCUGCGGACAUGUAACUUUGCCAUCAGUUUUGAUGUGGAAACACUGUGAUAUAUAAAUGUUGUUGGACAACAGUAGUUUUAAGAGUAAAAUACGAAAGGUUUAAAAAGUUGAAAAAAAGCAAGCUCUGUCCUUUACUUAUUGAGACACUUUAGCUUUUUCCUUUGUAUUUCCAUUGUAGUAGAUAAAUAAAUGUGAAUGUAAGAUUGUAUAAAUUACUGUACUUGAAUACUUCUGUUCUCCCAGUAUUGCUUGCUGGAUAUUUUAGUGCCUUGGACUUCUACUGCUUCUGCCAUUAGCACCAACUUCUCAUCAGACCCCAAAUCAGCAGAGGGCGUAUGGAAGGAUAAUAGGUCCAUGUGACCCCAGCAGAGGAUUAUGCCAAAGGGAAACUGAAAGAGUAUUUUUUUUUUCUUUUAAGUCAUUCAAUUUUGUCUAGAGCAGGUGUAAGAUGAGCAGGGUGAGAAGUUAAGUUGACAUCAGUGGUUGAAAGCAGAAAGUUCUGUUUCAGGAACAGUGAGGAGGGGUUUCGUAACAAAAUUGGACAAUUUAAAAGAUUAAGGGUGGUGUGUGAUAAAUGAAGAAAAAGGAAGACUAAGAAUGGGAGAACAAACUCGUUAUGAAGAUAUGUGAUGCCUGGCCUGUGGGUGCCAUAAGCCUUACUUGAGCCAGGCUGGAACAGACAAGACCUAGUAGAAAUGGCUGAAUAUAAAGGGAGUGGGGGCUAGUUUUUAAGUUGGGAAACUGAUAGUGAAGAGUCACAGAUGGAGAAAGUUGCUCUAAGAAAAACUGUAUGGAUUGCUUUCCUCUUGUUGCAAAUGUCUCCUGCAUUUCCCAGCUUGGGGUACUGUAUUUUGUGGAAAGUGGACCCACAUCUGAAUUAAGCAUUGUAAGAAAGAGUGCUUAUUCCUACUCAUUUCCUAUGUGAUGUCCAGAUGGUUGCAGAAUCCUAAGUCUGUUGUGCCACCUCUUUUUCUAGAAUUGCAACUGAUAUUCUCACAUUUUCAUAUAAACAAAUACUCCCCUUAAGUAAUAACUGCAACCAAUCAGUAUUAUUUAGUGCUAUGCCUAGUUGUAAUGGGCAGUUCUGUUAUUUUCAGAGCUUUCAGGAAAUACUCCUAAUUGGCUAUGUUUAGAUCUCUGUUAUCUCUGAAGAUGGGGAAAGAAGCUAGAACUCUUAAUUUAGGGGGUGCUUCUUUUCACUUGAGUUGGGAAAUUAACAUAGUUCUGAUCUCUGACCCACCUCAACUGGCACAUCCCAGGAAUCCCCACAAUAGGAAGAGCCUGGUUGGCUGUCCUGUCCUGCCGUUCCUUCAUGGGUCCUAUAUUAAGUUAGCCUAGGUCCCAAAGACGCAAAUGAGAGCUGAAGGUUUAGGAAAGUAGAAAUUAACAGGGGUUCCAAGCCCUACUUCAAAGCUGUUUACUUAUUUAUUCUCUGCUUAAGAUCCUUGGGGAGAUGGUAAGAGUAAGAAUAGAACAAAGAAGGUGCUGAGUAAAUGAGAAACGGACCACCUAAGAUGAAUGAAACUAUACUUUCUACUGGAGGAACGAGGGAACCAAAUGCAGCACAUUAUUUUUUGUUAUUUUGGCUUAAUUUUGAGAUCUCUUCACUUACACACAAAAAGUAAGAACUGGUUUUAUUUACUGUUGAUUUUUCUUCCCUCCUGUGGAUGAAAUAACUGAAGCCUAGAGGAAUGAACUAGCGCUACUGAACUGUUUAAAUUAUUUUUGUGUUAAUAGUACACUUUGAGUAUCUUUUUCCACAUUACAAAAAUCUUUCUGAAUUAUAAAUGUUUUCCUUACAUUAUUUAACAAUGUACACUGUUUAGAAAAACAAAUAAACUAAAUUCAAACCUUGGGGGUUUCUCAGCAGCCGUUAAUUGUACAUUUUGCACUAACUCUGGGUGUUGCGCUUCUUGUAAGAUUGCGCUUUGUGCUUCAGUUUGUUACCUUUGUAGACUUAUUUAAUGAAACCAUUCAAAUAAACCAAACUUGCUUUUGUUGA